GCGUGUAUAUUGAGUUAUUUUCGUUAUUCUCGUCUCUUGCAGUACUUACAGAGUCCAACGACACCCGAAAUACGAAAAUAAAAACGAGAGAUACCUGAUGAAACAGGAUUAUACGUCUCCUACCUCACAAGUACAUUGCAUUGUUGACUCGAACUCCAAUGUGAACAUUAAUCUACAGCCGGUGGUGCCUGUGCUUGUGCUUGGCUGCUGCUGCCCUUUUCUGGUUGAACACGCAAUAUCAUCAUUACGUACAAAUUUCUACGUUUUCCGUAGUUUUUAAGCUUAAAUUUUGCUAGUUGAGAUGGCGGAGAAAGCCUCAGACGACACCAUCAUUACCAGAAGUUCUAACUUCACCUGCGGAGUAGUUGAAGGUUUUUAUGGGCGGCCAUGGACCACGGAACAACGAAAAGAUCUAUUUCAAAAACUGAAGAAGUGGGGUAUGGAUUCAUAUGUUUAUGCCCCUAAGGAUGAUUACAAACAUCGUGCAUAUUGGCGAGAGUUGUAUACUGUUGAAGAGGCUGAACAUUUAACAGGCCUAAUCACAGCUGCAAAAGAAAAUGGAUUACAGUUCUAUUAUGCCCUCUCACCUGGCUUGGAUAUUACUUAUUCAAGUGCCAAAGAGGUUUCUGCUUUAAAGAGAAAACUUGACCAAGUUUCUCAAUUUGGAUGUUCUGCAUUUGCAUUGCUGUUUGAUGAUAUAGAACCUGAAAUGUCAAGUGCUGAUAAAGAAGUUUUUCAGUCUUUUGCUCAUGCUCAGGUUUCUGUUAGUAACGAGGUGUACCAACAUCUUAAUCAGCCUCGUUUUAUGGUUUGCCCUACUGAGUACUGUGCUGCUCGAGCUGUUCCGAAUGUGAGCAGCUCAGAAUACUUGAACACACUUGGGUCCAAGCUCCUACCUGAAAUUGAUAUCAUGUGGACUGGACCGAAAGUAGUUUCCAGAGUCAUGACUCUAGAAUCGAUUGAAGAAAUCACAGAAGUAAUGAGGAGGCCUCCAGUUUUGUGGGACAACCUUCAUGCUAAUGAUUAUGAUCAGAAACGAGUAUUUUUGGGACCAUAUUCAUGGAGAUCUCCAGAACUGAUAGCAAAGCUUCGAGGUGUUAUGACUAACCCUAACUGUGAGUAUGGUCCCAAUUUUGUUGGUAUCCAUACUUUAGCUCAAUGGAGUCGGUGCAAUCUUGAUGGGAAAAGAGAUUUGAGCUUGAAUGAUUCAGUUUCUGCUGACAUAAAAUUGGAAACAGAGACAGAAGAUGGUGGAAUGGGAGAGGACAUUCCCUCUAAUUUAACCCCUAAUAUGUACCAUCCAAGACGAGCUCUCCACAAUGCCAUAAAUGACUGGCUUUUUGAGUUUUCACGCCCUAAACAGGCUUGGGGCCCAAUCAUGAAGCCUCAGCCUGUUAUACCUAUACCAAUACCUGUACCAAUCCUUCCAUCAAUUAACACUUGCAUGAGUCUUACAACAACCACAACAACAGCUUCUUGCUCAUCUCUCACUCCCCAAACUGUUGCAACAUCAUCAAACUCUUUUCCAGCUCUCUCCACAGGAAUUGAAUGUCAGCCACUAAACCCGCCUAACACCUCUCAACUGCAAACGUUGGCUGAAGUCUGUAGUACUGUUCCUAUUGCUACUGAAAACCUUCCACUGAUGCCCAUCACUGCUCCUGUUAUGAACUCUCUGGCAUCAGAGAGUAAAAUUGUAGCCCUGCCCCCCAUGGCCACUCCUCUGCCUCUCCCCAUUACGGUCAGUCUGUCCUCUGUCCCCGCUGGAUCAAUUCCAUUACCACUGCCACUUCCCAUGCAAGGGGCAAGCACCUGUGAGCCUAUGGACUGCAAUCCAACGCCCAACGGAUCUCCAGCUCACCUCGCAAAGACUGCAGCAUCAUCUACAGAGGACAUUGCAAUGGCUGAAAAUGGUUCUGGAAAUUCUGGCAAUGUUCUGGGUAAUGGAAGCAGUACGGCCAUGCAAGUUGACUCUACAGAUUUUAGUUCUAAUUUCCAAGCAACCUCAAGUAAUAUGGUAGUAGAAUCUCCACAUGAAAGAGAUAGUGAGAGGGGUGAAGACAAUGGUUCUGAAAAUUUAAAUGAAAUGCCUGAGAAAGCUCCUAUGACUUAUGAAGAUGUAGCCUUGCUUUGUGAUCUGUUCUAUUUGCCUUUUGAACAUGGGAGUGGAGGUACACAAAUUUUGCAUGACUUCAAUUGGUUGAAAACACAUGCUCAUGUGGUUUGUAGAAAUCAUCCAAGCAAUGGCUGUAGUAGUGAUGUGUCUGAAGAAGCCAUGAAAAACCCUGAGGUUCAAGAAUGGUUUGACCGAGCAACAAAGCUUAAUGAUAUGACAAAAGCUGUAAACCAGCUUUUUACAAAAUUGACGAACUGUCCCAAUAGAGAGCUUCUCCAUGAGAUCUACCCAUAUAUUUGGGAUGCGCGAGGCAUCAUCUCCACAUUAAACUCCUAUGUGAAGUGGCUAGGGUGUGGAAAUUUUCCCCAUGUGAUUGGCAACUUUACCCUGGGCAACUUCACCUGGUUUUCGAAGGGAUGGAAAGAAACAUUCAUGAGUGGAGAACAUGAGCCAUGGGUAUUUCGUGGAGGACUUAUUGCGGACCUGCAGCGAUUGUUACCCGUUGAUUCUUGCACUGACUUAUUUUUGUACAAGUCACCUGAGGUGCCCAGUAACAAAGUAUAUGACAUCCGCCCUGCUAAUAUUUUGACAGAUCAGCAUCAUAUCAGAUCAGUUUGUCAAUCUAUGUACUCUUCCUCUUGUGAUCUAGAUCCAUUGCCAGACCUUACUACAGACAGAUUUCUUGGUUGUCUUUUGCAAACUGAACAGCUUGUGUGUAUGGUCGUUGAAGAUGAAGUUGAGGUUGUUGGCUAUACCCUAGCUGCACUAAAUGCAAAACAGUUUUACACACAAAUGAAGACCGACUUUAUACCAUCAAUGCAGACGAAGUAUCCUGUUUCAGAGAGCCAAUAUAACUUGUCAAGUGUCCAACAAGAAAGAAUUGGAUGGUUCCAUUCUUAUGAUUUGGAAGUUCCUGAGCAAAUACUUUCAUCUCACCCGGGAACCAUUAAUUGUGGCAUUGUUCCUUCAGUUCAAGACCCCUCUGCUUUAAAAAGACUUGUCGUAUGCACACUUACAGCUAUGAGAGCAAAUGGUUGUUUUGGUGUACACACAGCCAUUAAAUCUAGUGACCUGGUUUCAUUAGAGCUCUAUAAUCGUUUAGGUUUUGUUGAUUUAAAUCCUGGUUACUCCAGCUUAUAUGUCAUUCUCGGACGCACAUUUUGAUCUAUGUGAAGCAACCAAUAUUAAAAAAAUAAAAAUCAGAAAACUGUAAAAAUACAAUCAAUUUUCUAAUGUUAUUAUGAAUGUGACCAUUUUUUUCUUCAGGAGAAUUUGAGAGCUUCAGGAGGGUACUCCCUUCAUGUCCUAGUCCACUUUAGAUUUGCAAUCAGACAACAAUGUUCCUCUUCUUUUUACAAUGCUUUAGUUUCUGCUAUUAGAGUCUGGUCAUUGGUAAAGUUGGACAUUGAGAUUAGUGAUUGUAUAAGUGUAAAUUUUUGUUUUCCGAAUUGAAUUGGUGAACUGCAGGUCAGACCCAUACCAUCUGUUUUAGUUUUAUUAGUUUACUUCUAUCAUGAGAGUGUACUGAAAUACAGCAUUCACAAGCAGGCUGGUCACAAUAAACAAUCAUCUGCUGUUAUGACAAUGUCCAUGGAAUGAUUUCCCUAUCUAAUGUUGAUCUGUAGUAAUCUUUAAAUGAAAUAAGUGAAAAAGUCUCAGGCAACUGCAUCAUGUUGUCAUGUUGUAUUUAGAUUAUGAUGUACUACCAUGCAUGUCAAAAAAUGUUUCUGCAAUGCUCAUUUGUUUUGGGGAUCAAUUUAUCAUUGCUUUCAUAAGUGCUGUUAAGUAGGAUGCUAGUACGUGUGCAUCAUGUAUGUUGUUCUUUUUUCUUGUGAGGAGACAUUAUUUUAUGUAUUGACUGUUUUACUCUUAUAUUUGUUCAGUGUCUCGUGCUUAUCUGUUCAAACUUUUUUGAUUUUGCUCGCUAAAGUGAAAGAAAAAGUAUAAUCUUAAAAUUUGAAACGACUUGAAUUUGCCAUUUUUAUAUCAUACUUUGAAGUGGCAAAAUCAAUGGUGAAUGUAUGUUUGUUUUCCUUGUGUACUCUUUCCAGAGCACCAAAUAGUUUUUUGUUUGUGUAUUGUUGUGGUUGGUCCCCCUUUGGAAAUAUUUCAACAUAUCAAUAUUCAGUCCAGUCCAAUAUGAUUACUGUAAUUUUGUGUGAUCUGAUUAGUGAAAGGAAUAUGCCUUUUCACGUUUGUGCUGUCUCAUAUCCCCAUGAUUCUUUCCCCUUCAUUUACUGUUGGGCAGUCUUGUUUCACAUUUUUUAAUAUUAUCAAAUGCUGGAAAUGCACAAGUGUUAAACAAAACUUGAGUUCCAUGAGGCUCUCAGGUUCCUUGAUGGUUGUUAAAAACUCUGUUUGUCUUGGGAGUGGUAGGUUAUUUACUGAAGCUUUGCUAGGUUAAUGUGGGCCAGUGCCUGGGAAUAAACCUGGUCUAGAUGAAAAGUUUAAUCCUCUUUGAUUAACUCUUUCUGAAAUAUUUAUGACUGAUCUGUAAACAGUAUUUUCUAAGAAUUUGUGAUUCUUGAUAAUGUCUCUACUUCAUUAAUAAUUUUCUAUGUAAGUGUUUGAUUCUGACUCAUUUAUUUUCUAUAUUUUCAUAUUUGUGUAUUUUAUUUCCACCAUUAUUUCUGGGCAUAAAUACAUUUUUUAAAUGAUGUUUGUUAGAAACUGAAGUUCUGUGCCUGGUUGAAAAUACUGUAACUUUUUCCAAUAGAGACUAGAUACUGUAAAUAAAAUCCUUUGUUCCUUCUCUCUUGAAAAGCUUUAGUACUGUUUCGUCCAUCCAACAGUAGUGCUGUAUUUCAACUAUCAAGUUGUCAAAGGUUUAUUAGGAAUCAUUAUUUAUCAUUAAAAUAAGUGCACCAUUAUAUGGAAAGCCUCAGUGCUUGGACAGCUUUCUGUAAAUCUGAAAUCUGAAACAGGAGACUUCUAUCAAACGGUGUACAAUGAUGACUAACAGUACUUACGAACUGAGAUCCUUGUACUUACCCUUUUCAUCUCUUCAGCUAGUAAUUUACAUUGAGUUGAACUGUCAGUGUUGUUAGAUUGAGGAAGGGAAGUACAUUUUGAUGAGUCAAUCUCUUCAAAAGUUAGAAGUAUUUGAUUGAUCUUAUCUUGCAAGCCCCUGAAACAGUAUAUUCACAAUUUUUAGCAUGUCUCUUUUCAAAAUGUUUAACUUGAAAACUUAUGUCAAGUUGCUACAUUUACAUACAUGGCUCUGAUACAAGA